AUGGCGUCUCAUGUCCUUGCUGAGGGUAGCAUGGCCAUAGAGACUGGCGGCACUGACAAGGUCGUCAACAAUGCUGCGCCAGACAUCAUCAGCACUGUCCGCAACUCCAACCUCCUGGCACGCGAUGACGUCCCUCCGCACGACUGCGAGGACAUCCUCCGUCGUGUCAUCACGCCAGAAAUCGACUGCUCUUAUUCCUGGGAGAACUGCGGCUUUGACAACCAUCUGGAGUACCGCAUCCGUAUCAACGCCAUCGGCAAGACGAGUCCCAAGUGGUGCGAGAUGAUGUUCCAUUUGGUUCAGAGAGCCAUCAAUUACCAUAUCCGCCAGGAGGAGUGUGACCGUACCUAUAGGUCCAACGAGAACGGUAACGGGAUGGUAGUCGUCCUCACUCUGCCCAAGCCAAUUGCCAAAUUCGGCGAAUGGCGGCUCAGAGUCGAACAGGCCAUCAAGGACAACUUCUGUGCCGGGGGUCCCAAGCUCACAUACUGGGUCAAUGAACGGUGCUACCGUACCAGCAUCUGCCGCCACCGCUGGUGGAAGCGAUCCCUCGGCGAACUCUCUGGUAAUCUGCCCGAGGUGAUGUCUCCCGCCAGAGAGAUAGAGCCAGCAUUCUUCAGUUACGCCGCUCCCAUCACUGCCACAACUGUCUCCGUUGAGCCUACCACAACCAACAUCGUCCCUCGCGACGAGCCUCCUGCUAUCAUCGUCAACCAAGCUGCAAUGGCUGCCGACUCUGGUGUCCACAGCAAGAUUGAGGAGGACGUUAGGCCCGUUGGUAAGUGCCCGGACUAUACAGACGUGCAACACGGCUGCGGCAGCGUCGACAGGUCUCUCAUCAGCUCCGUCGGGGUCCACUGCUCCUACAACCGUGGUCAGGGCAACAACAUCAACCAGCUCGAUUACAAGGUCACAAUCAACCCAACCGGUCAAAACACCGCAUGCUGGUGUGACCGCCUCCUAGCCGCUGUGCGAGCUCGUUGCCCCCAGGGCCAAGCCGACUGGGCCUACCCGCUGCUUAAGUGCAACACUGAGCACAUCCUCACCGAGCUGGGAAAGGGCAUACACGUCAACUUUCACAGCAACGCCUGGGUUGCCGGCAAGGACAACCGCGAAUGCAUCAAGGCGGCCAUCGAGUCCACUACUUGUGGCAUCGCCACUCACUUCGACAGAGGCGGGUGCUUUGAGAAUCAUUAG